UUGCAGCACUUUGCAGCAGUGUACAUUAAACCUCAGUAUCGCAUAGCACCCUAUAUCAUUGGCUUAUGUCUGGGCUAUCAUUUGGCUAAGAUACAAAACAAGGAUUAUCGUGAUGUCCGACACUCCAGUGUAUUUGUUUUCGCAGGAUGGGCAGCAGGUGGAUUAAACUGGAGAAUUUAUUAUCUAUUCUACGGGGCAUUGCACCGCACAAUAUUUGCGCUUGCUAUUGCUUGGUUAGUAUAUGCUUGCCAUACUGGAUAUGGUGGUUUUGUCAAUGCAUUUCUGAGUUGCAGAUUGUUUCUACCAGCUUCAACAUUGUGCUACUCGGUAAGAACUAUAUUUAUCGUAAAGGUAUGA